UUUAUUUUUUUUGCUUCUGUUUUUCGCCAGUUCAACGAAAGAAGCUCGCGAGUGCGGAGCGAAUAACGGUGAAACGCCAGCUCGUCUAACGGUCCAUCGUAGCAUAGUGUAGUGUAGUGCUUUAGUGCCGUGUAGCGUAGUGUUCUCGAGUGGAGUGCGGACGGGGGUUGCUAGCAAAAUGCCCAUAAAAUACUAAACGCAAAUAGCCCAAGAAAGAAAAAAUAUUUAACACAAGUGUGUCGGCUCAGUGUUUUUUGUGGUGCGAAAAUCUCACGAAAAUAGAAAAAGAAAACAAGAGGAAAAAUUCAAUAAAAACAUGGCCCUUUAAGCGUUGAGCUUCAAAUAACGGGAAAAGAGAGUGUCACUAAUUGAAUGCUUAUUGCUGCCUGGACAACUCGUAAUUGAAUGGCAGAUUGAAACGCGAGAGAGAUCGAGAGGGACAGCCAGCUUAGCUGCUUAGUCAGAAUGUUUGAGCUUCGAUUAGUCCAGAGUGGUGGCAGUUGAGACGCCAAAAAGACAAUCCGAGAACGUCCUUACCGCCCACUGGCACGCCCCUUUUGACAGAGAGUGGGUGUGUGUGUGUGUGCGAGUGUGAGCCAGCGUAGUGUGUGAGUGUGCGUUAGGUGCCUGCGUUGGUGGUGGUUAGCAUGCAAAUCAACGGUCUAGCUGCCGGACCCACGAUGGCAGCCUCCGAGCCACCAGAGCCGCCGCCGCGCAAUCCGGACCGCAUAAACGCCUCGCUGCACAAGCUGGGUGAAUCCAAAAUCGCCAAAUCCCUGGACACUUCAGUGACGACGGGGCUGAAGGAGAAAACCGCUUCCGUGAACAACAACAAGCCCAUAAGACCGCUGUUAUCGCUGGACAGCUCGGUGACAGCUUCGACAUCAUCGGGUGCAGCGGGAGCAAUAGGAGCAACAGCAGGAUCUGGGGGCGGUGGAGUGCCAGCCAAGCCAACACCUUUGGUCUUGGCCACCAAACGAGACCUCACGCCCAGCAACGACAGCAGCUCCUCGCCGUCCAGUUCGAAUGGCAGCAACCAGACUCUCACCCCACCCAUGACCGCUGAUAAUCAGCCGCUCCAGCAGCAGUUACAGCACCACCAGCACAGGAGUCCUGCUUAUCCUGGCAAGGGGGAAGUGGCAGCAGGAGUGCCCCACCAGCAGCAACAGCAGCAGCAGCAGUCCCAAUUGCCGAAUGGCAUCGGCAGUACCCACUGCAACAGCAACAACGGCAGCAGCACUUGCAACUCCGGCACAACCAUGAUCCAUGCGAAUAACUCGAAUUUAAUUGCCGCAGGUCACUUGGCUCAGGCAACCGGCCCCGCCCACAAUGCCCCCUCCAGCAGCAGUGCACUCAAUGCCGUCGACAAGCGAAAUGCCAACUUAUCGGAGCUGGAUCAGGACCCGCCCUCGAAUCUGAAUCUGAAUCCGAAUUCAUCGGUGGCCUUGGGACCGCCGCACUCACCGACAUCCGCCGCCUCGGCGGCCUUGCUCCUCCUCGAGUCCACCUCCUGCGAUGGAAAUCGCAACGACGAGUCAAGGUUCCAUCAUCUGCAUUCCGCUCCCCGGCCAGAAACUGCCAUGAAGCUGCGCGAGGAGAACGAUCGUCUCAAUGCCGAACUCCUUCGACUGAGGCGACUCCUUGAGCUCUCCACAGAUGGAGCCGUGGGUGGAGUGGAUACCGCUACCGAAAUAGAGGCUGUCUCCUCCGCUGAAGGAUCAGCUGCCAAGGAGCGAAUUGAGCGAUUGGAGUCAGAACUGAGAUCAGUAAAGAACCAGCUAUUGACCAUGCGACUGGAGAGGAAGAAGCUGCGAACGGAUAAAUCCGAUCUCUUGGGUCAGGUGAAACAGCUUUGUGCCUCGCUGCAGGAAAAGGAGCAGGAGCUGCGCGACUUCAUCCGAAAUUACCAGGAACGUGUUAGGGAAACGGAGACCACGAAUGCAAAGAUCUCCGGGGAUCGGGAUCGCGAGCGUUUCCAACUGCUCAAACAAGCUCGCGACGAAGCGGAGCGUUCCCUGGCCUUGGCCCAACAGCUUUCGGCUAGGGAUCUGCAGCUCCAGAGAUUGCAGGAGCAGCUCCAGGAGGCCCGCCGCCAACUGACUGGAUGUCUUUCCGAUCAAGAGAGUCUUCAUUCUUUUGCUCCAUUAACUCCUCCAUCGGCUGCCUCCGGAAUGCUCAGUCAGAUGGCUGUCGCUUCAGGAAUGGGCGGUGGCCUGGCCGGAAUGCGAGGUACUACAGAGGACAGUGGGCGUGGCAACUCGCUGUCCGCUUUCAGUGGCAGCCUGAGUGGCGGUUCAGGAGCUACGGCAGGGGAUCGCAACUCCUGCUCCAAUGACUCGGGACUGAGGAACAGCAGCGAUAGGGAGAGCACUGGCGGGGAACUGAACUUCAGCGAUGGAACCUGCGAUAAUGGACCAUGCAUCACCGUAGAUCCGGAUAGUAUCUCUCUGGUAUCCAGCCAGAAUAUGUAUCAAUUUGGAACACCCAAAGAACGCAGCCCCACAUUGUCGCCUCUCAAUUCGGCUGCCUACUCAAGAUCCGUGGAGCAGUUGGGCUCACCUGUGGACCCCGAAGGACCAGGCGGCGGCGCCAUCAGCCGCAAGUUCGCCAGUGCCAGCAAGAGUGGACCACUGGGCGCUCGGAAUGGACGCGGUGGAACUUGGGGAAGCAUAUCACGGGUGUUUGCCCGCUCUCGGAAUAAGAGCAAGGCCCUAUCCGCCGAUGGAGUGACUGAAUAUGCCGACUACUCGUGGAAUCCACUGACGGAGGAGGGCUAUGCUGAGAAGCUUCGCCUGCUGCGCGAGGCCUCCCAGCUGCCCAUCGACCGCUGGCGGGCCACUCAAGUGCUCGCCUGGCUGGAGGUGGCCCUGGGAAUGCCCCAGUAUAGUGCCAGGUGCGCCGAGAACGUGAAGAGUGGCAAGGUGCUACUGGAGCUGAAUGACGUAGAACUGGAGGCGGGACUGGGACUCGCCCACCCAAUGCAUCGCAAGAAGCUGCGACUGGCCAUCGAGGAGCAAAGACGUCCGGAGAUGGUUCGCUAUCCGCUGAUAACGCAGCUGGGCCACACCUGGGUGGCCACCGAGUGGCUUCCGGACAUCGGACUGCCCCAAUAUGCGGAGCCCUUUGUGCAGUCUCUCGUCGACGCCCGAAUGCUGGACACGCUGUCCAAGAAGGAGCUCGAGAAGUUCCUGGGCGUAACGCGGAAGUUCCACCAGGCCAGCAUUGUUCACGGCAUCCACGUGUUGCGCAUCGUGAAGUAUGACCGACAGACGCUGGCCAUGAGACGUGUGCAAUCGGAGACGGUGGACACGGACCCCAUUGUGUGGACGAACCAGCGCUUCAUCCGCUGGGUGCGAUCCAUCGACCUGGGCGAGUACGCCGACAAUCUGAAGGAUAGCGGCGUGCACGGUGGCCUUGUAGUGCUGGAACCAUCCUUCUCCGGUGACACCAUGGCCACCGCCCUGGGCAUUCCUCCCUCGAAGAACAUAAUACGGCGGCAUCUCAACACGGAAUUCGAUGCCCUCAUUUUGCCCGCAAGAUACCUAAUUUACUGUCAAAUGGAAGAAUUUCAAAUGGAAGCCUCCAGACAAUUGGCCAAAUUGCAGGGCCACUAAAUAAUCCGCACGAACCAAUGAGCAAAAGAUAAUUCAAAUGAAAAUUAUAAGGAAAAUGAAAACGAUUAAUAAUCAAAAAUCAAAUGGGAUUCAUACUGAUUUGUUGUUUAGCCAAGCUGAUGAAGAUGAGAUACGAUAAUAACUAUAGGGAGAGAACAAUAACUGGAGCACAGCGCUAGUCAUUUCGUCAUUACGAAUAGUUGAUAGAUUCACCCCAGAAUAGACACACAUCCGAGUUAGUAGACUAGACGUACAUACCACGAUAUUAUUAAGUGCUUUAGGCAUCGAACUAGGAACGCACACAUCAAGAAUAUCAAGAAUAUACAAAAACCAGUGUCCAAGCUUUGCAUAUCCGAUAUCGAUAUUAUAGCGAUACACUCCCCGAGGAGCGCUUAACGUUGCAUUUACUUAGGUUGAUUUACGAGUCGAGCAUUUAAUGUAGUUGAAAUCUAGAGUUAAGGCUUUACGUCAAUGUAACCGAGGUGUGGGCAAAUGCUAUUUCACACAAUAUUAAUAAGUUAGGGCAUUGCAAAUGCCAAACACACACCUUCCACACGAGCGUCUUUCGUCACUGCGCCGGAACAACACCCAAGUUCUCUGUGAUACAGGGCUGUUUUCUGAGCUCGGUUAGACAGCCACUAAACGCACAAUGGAACCUUAAAGACCAAUUACAUGACCACACACUAGCACACGACUCCAUGAACACAUACACAUCUACAUUUCCGUGGUUAGAUGAUAUAGUCCAUGUUUGUUGUUGCAUACUGUGAAGCGUUCUGAGUGAGUUUGCCCUGCGGUAUCAAGUCAUGCUCUUUAAAUUCUUUUCCUAAAAGAAUGCAAUUAAUAAUUUGAUGUGGUUUGGGAUAGCUUGAGUGUAUGCCUCUAUAAAAGAAUUUGUUGCAUACUUUUAAGCAUCUGAAAAUUCAGAUAUUACAGAGAAUUGGUUUCCUACAGACCGCAGGGUAGUAGCUCUCUUAAGUUUAUUUCUUUAAGAAGUCGUUAAUUUGGUUUUGCAAUUUUGCAAUUUUGCAACUACAGUGUCAAUUGUAAGUAAAACUUGCUUACUAAGUAGCCUAUCUCUCUCUAUUUCUCACACACACACUCAAAAACAUACGCAGACACUCGAAAACAAGUUCUAUGUAUGUGUUAUCAAUGUUUUUAAGUAGCUUGAACUAGUCUAACCGUUGUCAUCUUAAUAAGUACCACUGCAUACAAAUACUACCUUAUCGAUACUAUGUGUGAUUGGAAUUCUAAGGCUUAAAAAAGACAAAUUUAUUAAUGGCUGCUGGUUUCGUGUCUGUUAGCAAUGCUAUUCUUUUUUCAAGUUAAUUUCCUUUCUAUUUCCUAUUUUUCGGGGUUUUUUCUCUCACUAUAGUUAUUUGAUUUGUUUGUUGUUUUACGCUACGUGUAGUUUAAUCGUGACAUAGCAUACGAAAUACGAAACAUUUAAUAGUUACUCUCCAAACAUCGAUUAACCAGAUUCUUUCGUCUUUGUCCCGUUUCUUUUUCCAUCUUUCCUAUAUAUUUGAUCCACUCUCUUUUUGCUUUCACAUCCGUAUGUUUCCUCUUCAAUUUCGUAAUUUGGUAAUCGAAUCGACGGCUUGUUGUUGUUGCUAACUCUGCUUGAUUGUCUAACACGAUUACCAACACAACGACAACAAUACCGACCACAACAACAACAACAACAAUGACAACUCAAAAACAACAACAAUCAACAAUAACUCAACAACAUGCCUGUGAAACCACUUUAUCUGUGUGUAUGUGUGCCUGCCAUGCCUGCUCUCUCUCUAUCUCGCUCUCUCUCUCUCUCUGUCUUUAUAUUGCUAUCUCUGCUACUCUGCCUGACUGCCCGCACUCCGUAUUCCAUUAUCCAUUAUCCAUAUUCCGAAUUCCAAUCUCCAAAAUUCCACACUCCCGUUAUCUGCCGUCUGUGUCCUGUCUUUAAUGUGCUGCCUGCCUGCCUAUGAAAAUCGAAAAUACAUGCACAAACCCAUCUACAACAUGAUAUACGAUAUACCCCCCAUAAACACCCACUCACAACCUCACACACACACACACACACACACGCAUACGACCUAUGCAAAAAUUCGCAAAUCGAAAUUGCCAUGUUUGU